UUUAUUCAGGCUGGAUUCUCUCGUUCUCACCAAUGGAUGGAAUUUAUUCCCCAGCAAGCACGGUGACUUCUUGAAAACUUCCCACUCUGUGCUGGGUGCCUUCAGGGGGAUGGAGCAGCGCGGCGGUGCAGGCGGGGGGACGGAGAGCCCCGGCCUUCGGGACAGCGCCAGCCCAGAGGAGAGAGGGGAGAGCCCCGCCUCCGGUGGACCCCCGCCGUGCAAGUCGAGCCGCCUGGAGGUCAACGGCGGCCCGGCAGCUCCGUGGAUCAGACCGAACGGCACACAGCUGAGAGCACUAGGAGGUUUGAUGAUCCCAGUCUACUGCGUGGUGGAGCACGUGGACGUGGGCGUGGCGGGCGACUGCGGGGGUCACGGCGACCGCCACGCAGAGUUUGUGUUGGUCCACAAGGAUGUCCUCUUCACGCAGCUGGUGGAGACGGCGCUCGGCGCUCUGGGAUACUCGCACAGCUCAGCUGUACAGGCAAGUGGCAUCAUUAAAGUGGGCCAGUGGAAGCCGAUGCCCAUCCACUACCUAACCGAUGCUCCAGAGGCAACCGUGGCGGACAUGCUGCUGGACGUCUACCACAUGGUGACCCUGCGGAUCCUACUGCACAGCUUUGCGCGGCUGGAGCAGCUGCCGCCGGAGCAGUGGACCCACGCCACCGUGAGGAACGCCCUCAAAGAGCUGCUCAGGGAGAACAACCAGAGCGCGCUGGCCAAGGAGUGUCCCCUCUCCCAGAGUAUGAUCUCGGCGAUCGUCAACAGUUCCUACUACAUCAACGUCUCCACCUCCAAGUGCCAGGAGUUUGGCCGCUGGUACAAGAGGUACAAACGCAUCAAAGGUGAAUACAUCGAGAAGAUGUGGUCAGCUCAGGACAAGUCAGAUAUUAAAGUGGAGAGGGAUUUGGACCUGAGCAUCCUCAGCCAUCGACCUCCCUCUCUCUUACCCUCCCCCAUCCAUUUGGGCUCCCUGGGCGGCCCCGGAGCUCUGUCCAUCAAGAGUGGCCUCGGGGACACCCCGCCUCAACGUCUGCCUCACCCAGCCAGCCAGCACCACCCGGGUGCCCCCCUGCGCCCCCAGGGCCCCCCUCUCCUGGGCCACGGCGGGCUCCUGUCCCCGCAGCUCUCGCCUCAGCUCGUCCGCCAGCAGCUCGCCAUGGCCCACCUCAUCAACCAGCAGCUGGCCGUCAGCCACCUGCUGGCACAUCAGCACCCACAGGGUGUCAACCAGCAGUUCCUCCACCACCCGCCCAUCUCGCGCGCCUGCAAGGGCCUCGGGGCCUCCGGCGAGCCCGGCCUCAACUGCUCGGGGGCCGAAGUCUCCUUCAGCAUCUACCAGCAAGUCAGGAACGAGCUGAAGAGGGCGAGCAUUUCCCAGGCGGUGUUUGCCCGCGUGGCGUUUAACCGCACGCAGGGGCUGCUGUCAGAGAUCCUUCGCAAGGAGGAGGAUCCUCGCUCGGCGUCACAGUCGCUGCUGGUCAACCUGAAGGCCAUGCAGAGCUUCCUCAACCUGCCGGAGGGCGAGCGAGACCGCAUCUACCAGGAGGAGAGGGAGCGCAGCGCCAACUCCAACCACAACCUCUCCACCAACCACAUCUCCAACAGCAACACACUCAGACACCCACAGACAAAGUGCAUCGUGUCUGCUGCAGAGCCGCCGAUGAAGCUGGACCCGCUGGUCAGCAUCUCGUCGGGCAUCUACGACGACAUCCAGCAGGAGAUGAAGAGGGCGAAGGUCUCCCAGGCUCUGUUCGCCAAGGUGGCAGCCAAUAAGAGUCAGGGCUGGCUGUGUGAGCUGCUCAGGUGGAAAGAGAGCCCGAGCCCAGAGAACCGCACCCUGUGGGAGAACCUGUGCACCAUCAGGAGGUUCCUGGCGUUAACGCACGGCGAUAGAGAUCAGGUCUACGAGGAGGAGUCGAGGCAGCAGCACAGCGACAGGCUCCACACCGUCCUGCACAUGCCAGAACAGCAGGCCCUCCACGGACCGCCCCUCCCACCUCUGACUACUCCGUCUCCAAUUCGUGAGGACCCGCCGCCCAUCCAACUGCUGGUCCUGCAUGGCUCAGAAGACGAGCCUCAGCGUGGGCUGAGCCCCGGCCUCGGAGGAGGAGGAGGAGGCGGAGGACCAAAGAAGGCCCGCUCUCGGACGCGGAUUUCCCUCGAGGCUCUGGGAACCCUGCAGAGCUUCAUCGGCGACGUGGGGCUCUACCCCGACCAGGAGGCCAUCCACACCCUGUCGGCCCAGCUGGAUCUACCCAAGCACACCAUCGUCAAGUUCUUCCAGAACCAGCGCUACAACGUCAAGCACCACAACCAGGCCAGAGAGCCCGUCCCCGGGGAGGACGACGGGGAGAGCUCGAGUCCCAGCGAGGGGGGCGGCGUGUGCACGGGGGAGAGUCGAGGGGAGGAGGGUCUCUCGGCUUCCGAGGAGUCGAGCGAGGACGGCAGAGCAUCCCUGGAGGCGUUCAGAACAGAGGGAGAAGAAGGAGACGUGGAAAUGGAGGCGGAGAAGGAAGAAAGGGAUGAUGGGAAAGCCUCGAGGCCGGCGACGUCCUCCCUGUCCCCCUACAGCAGCCUGGAGAGCCCCCGCUCUGCAGAGCAGCAGAGAUAACAGCAGAGACACGAGGACUGAGGAACGCAUCAGGCGGACUCCAUCAAACUGUGAAGCCCACACACGGCCGACCCGUGACCACACACACACACACACACACACUUUCAUCACCAGAGCUGAUGAUCAGAGCUCGUUAAUAUCUGAGGAACUGUGGAAAACAUAUUUACGUGUGACUGAAAAAGGGAAGUUACGACCAGUGUUCAGUUGCUGCCGGUACUUUUGAUUCGAUGAACUUAAGUUGAGUUUCACGUUUUUUAUAAAGUGCCGCCACACCAAAAUCUCCCGAACACCUCUGUCGGUUUUAAAAGUCGUUGUUAAAGCGCCUCUGCAGCACAAUCCACUUGGGAGUGUUAGCUGUGUCUUCAUCUCUAAAGGAUUGAGACUGAUGGUCGACAGGAUGCUGCAGGAGUGGUUUGAGAAGUCUCACAUCUUCAGGGGGUUGUGUUUAUUUAUGUACAAUUUGUUUAUUUUAUUUUCAUGUGUUUAAUGUUCCGUUGGAUACUCAGAGUGUGUCAGAGUUUUCCUCUGGAGGAUGGGGGAGGCCUGUUUCACUGUAGGCGUUAAGCUGGCACUGGAGUCCAUAUGUGAUUUUUAUGAGCAGAAAUACUGUCAGCGGGGCAAAGUGUGGCUGCUUUGGGACAUUUUUGUUGCUGUUGUUGUGCUUCAUGUCGGAGAAAGUCAACCUCGAGCAGCGUUUGACUCGCAAGCUCUACGGAUGCCAUGAAAUGAACAAAGCUGGGAUUGCAGUUCGCCUCGCACAUUAGAUGCCAAACUUACAAACUCAACCCCAAAUAAGCUUUUUCAGUAAAGUCCUCCCAAACCUCAGUUAUGUUCUGGUGAGAUAUUAGAAAUAACUUCAAAUAAAUAAGUAACAACGUACUGACAUUGGACCUCAUUAGACGGACAUGCAGGUCAGUAACACUAGAACCUCCACCCAGACUUCCACUGACAGUAAAUCACCACCCUCCCAUCGAUAUUUAUUACUGACUUAUAUUUACUAAAGUAUUAUUGUUGUGAUAAUAGUUUCACUAAAAAUUUUCUUUGAUUUGACUUCAAAAGUCUUUGUAAAUGUGAGAAAAUAUGUGUCAACUCAGUGUUACACCUUUUUUUUUUACAGACUGGAAGAGAAAUAAAGACGCUUAUGGACA